ACACAAAACAUCUUCCUGGGCUGCGCAUGAUGUACUCGAAAGACCUUUGAGCAACAAAAUCGAAACCCCGAUCCCCCUCCAAGAACUUAUGAAUGCUCUAGCAAAGUACGUGCUUCAGCAUGCGUCUCAACCCAAAAUACAGUGACUUUACCAUUCUGUGUGGUGAAGAGUCCUUCCCUGCCCAUAAAUGUAUAGUUUGCGCGCAAUCAGGAUUCUUCUCUGGUGCCAUGGAAGGAGUUUUCAUUGAAGCUACCACAAAUACCGUCGAGAUUCAAGAAGAUCCGACUUUGGUGAAGCAGGCGAUUGAGUACUUAUACACUUUGGACUACCAAGUCAUAUCUCACAAUGCGACAGAACGAAGCCACGAACAAGGCAAUGAAUUGAGCCUCACAAGCUCGAGUUGCCACGUUCCUGACGGUGAAACUACAAUACAGGAGACUCGGGGGACCUCAGGUCAAUCUCCUGAUACAAACGAUGCUGGAAAUACCACUCCUAUGCUUGACCCUCUCUCAUUUCACAUACUUAUGUACUCUCUCGCAGACCGUCUCCUCGUCACAGGAUUGAAAGCUCUCGCCCAAAAAAAAGUUGAAUAUGAAAUGGCUCAAAGACUAGACGCGGCUUCAUUCCCGCAGGCAGUCUUGGAAAUCUACAAUUCAACGCCUAAAAGUGACAGAGGUUUAAGGGACCUUGCCGUGGACAUCACUUUGCGUAACCUUUCUUUGUUGAGGCGGAAAGAUGAAGCAGCUGAUGCUAUCUUCCAAGACACUCUCCUUGAUUCCGUUCCACAAUUCUCACGUGACUUGCUGAUCGCGAUGAUGAAGAAGUCCGUGACCGCAUGAGGCAAAGCGAGAGCUGUGGAAGGAAUUGGGCUGAGCAGAUUAAACGGUAAAAUUUGAUUCAUCACUGCCUUUAUCCUUCUUUGUUUGAGAACUGAGGUAUAUUCUAGUGCGUCUUCAAUUGUUUCACGGUGUUGAUCAUAUGUGGGCUCGUUUAACGGGCUAGCAUAGUAAUUAAGUCUCGUCUCUGACUACCAAAAGUAACACAGUUUCUGCAUCUUAUCACUGUACUAGUACUUGCGUUUAAGAGGCACUCUUCUCGCUCAACCACCGUACAACCCGGACCCGAUGCUCAU